GGGAUUGUUUUUUUGAAUCUCAUUUCUCCUUCCAGAAACUAAAAUAAAAAGGCUUAUUUUUUCUUCUUUCUUCUCAUAUUUGUCUCUUGUUUGUUUAUUCAUAUUCACCGAAAAACCCCAUAUAUUCAUAUUUCACUUAUACCAUGAUAAAGAUCGCUAGCGAUAAAGAAAAUGUGAGACCUACGCAUUAUGGUAGUCCUGCAAAGUUGUUAGAAAAGCAUUGUAUCAGUAGCAAUUAUAUAAACAAGCGAAAAAGAAGAUCAAUGUCCUUGGAGUGUAGUGAUCAUAGAAAGAGAAAAUCAAAGCAGACUCAGGAACCUUUAAUCAAAAGCAGGAGUAGUAAAGAUGACUGUAGCAAUCCUCCAGCUGUUCAUUCCCAAGGAGAUAAAGAACAAUAUAAUGACGAGAAUAUUCAGUUGAUUAGCCAGCGGUUAAAAGAUAAUAUGAUUCGUGUUACAUAUAAUCUAAUGGAAGCACUCAUUCAAUCAAACAAACCUCAUGAUUUAUUCAUUUAUGAUAAAGUAUUUAACCCACAUCAACAAUUAAUUAGCAUGAAAACAAAACAAGAGGUAUCAGACAAUAAAACAAGUAUUCAAAUAGAAAGCAUGGCUACUUUACCAAUCAUUACUGCCACUACCUGUAACAGCAAUGAUGACCAAAAUUGCAAUAGCAGUAGCUGUAGUAAUAAUAGUACAGUGAGUAACUGCAGUAAUAAUGAUAAUCAUGCGGAUACUAUAGCUAUUUUAAAAGAGGAGAAAAAAGUAAAGUGUGACGAGGUGCCUCUACGGCAAAUUGGUUCCGGCAUGCUUACGAAAAACCUUUCAUUUGGCAUCGAACAAGAAAACGAUUUUAUAACAAAUUGGCUUCAGUAUCAUACAUGUGCCGACAUCAGAGGAACCGUAUUUAAUCAUUAUCAUCAAGACAGCUUUAGUAUAAUUACAGAUCAAGAACUAUCAGACUUAUUGGGCGCUGAUGAAUCGUUCUAUUCAUUUUCAAUCUAACAUAUUUCAACACAAACUCAUUGAUAUUUUUUUCUUAAUAAAAUUAAAAACAGCUGUAACAAAAGGUAAAAUAUUUGUAUUGGAAG